AUGGGACAAUACUGGAUGUUCCUCAACAUCGACAGGCGUGAAGAGAAAAGCUACGGAAAACUUGGCGAGUUCUUUAGCGACGGAAGAACUGGCAGAAACAUAGCAGCGCGAUUGUGUCAACUCAGACCUCUUCCAAAGAUACCCAGAAUCCAGUCGGAUGAUGCAGGGAUAACCGAUACCGAGUCGGUUGAACGUGGCUUACUCUCGCUGCCUGACGAGAUCAUUUGCCACAUCAUAAACGACAUCGAGUCUCUCGAAGACUUCGUCUGUUUUGCGGCGACAUGCCAUAGAUGCUGGGAUAUAUGCAUUCCUUUUCUCGAAAAGUGUAUUCGAAGUUUAUCGUGGGCUGGUUGCCGCAUCAUUGGCCUCGGAGACUAUGUAGGGCACGAUGAUCUCCCGCCGGACAUCCUCACCGAGGACGAGCAGGCUGAGCUCGCCACUGCUAAACCGGGAAAAUAUGGGCCCGUGUCCCUUUAUUCCUACGCCAGAACUUACUAUGGGGAAGCGGUUCUGUGUUCAAGACUCGAAGAUUUCACAGACGGGUUAUUGAGUGAUCUCAUUCAACGAGGUCUCGUCGGCGCGCCGUUUGUGGCCAUCAAGACGAUGUGCACGCCAUUCGAGCCCACAGUCCUUCGGAACCUCUCCAAGAAGCUCUAUGUGCGUGCCGAUACCAUCGACGCACUCAACGAGGAGCUUCCUCAGAGAGAAUGGUUCUGGGACCACAAAGCGUAUAGUCUAGGCGAUGCGCUCGUAAGUCGCAUCUGCUGGUCAUCCGACCCUUCCUGCUCGAUGAGAGCACACUGCAAGGACAUCACGCGAGGACCCUGGGCUGGCGACGCCUUCGACAUUACUUCCAUGGAGGAGUUCCAGAAGCAGGAGGACUUCUCGCAGUGGGUGGACGCAAAAAAAGAUGUCUGUAGAGCGCUGCGAGAAUGCUGGGAUGACGGAUAGUAUGUAGUUUAUCAGUCGGGGGCCGCUGCAAGUCGUGCGCCAGGUGCGGUACUGUACUAGAAGGAAAUGAGAUCAAGGGUCAUUUUAGAACCGGUUUUAUGUCGAUUCAAUAUACACG